CUCUCCUCCGCUCCAUUCAUCUUCAUCAUCAGAUGAUCAUAUCACCGGUUAUUCUUUCAUCUCCAUCACGCUUCUCUCUCUAGGUCGCAGUUGCAGGCUUGUUUAAGAGGAAUAUUAAGUCGUCAGAAUUGUGAUGGAGUCCUGUAAUUGCAUUGAUCCUCAAUGGCCAGCUGAUGAACUAUUGAUGAAGUAUCAAUAUAUAUCAGAUUUUUUCAUUGCACUUGCCUAUUUCUCUAUACCACUGGAGCUCAUUUACUUUGUAAAGAAAUCUGCUGUCUUCUCCUAUAGAUGGGUGCUUGUCCAGUUUGGUGCUUUCAUCGUGUUGUGUGGUGCAACACAUCUUAUUAACUUAUGGACAUUUGGCAUGCAUACUAGAACUGUAGCAAUUGUCAUGACUACGGCUAAAGUUUUGACUGCUGUGGUAUCUUGUGCAACAGCCCUCAUGCUUGUGCACAUUAUUCCUGAUUUAUUGAGUGUUAAAACUAAGGAACUUUUUCUGAAAAACAAGGCUGCAGAACUUGAUCGAGAAAUGGGCUUGAUUCGUACACAGGAAGAAACUGGUAGACACGUUAGAAUGUUGACUCAUGAGAUUAGAAGCACUUUUGAUAGACAUACAAUAUUAAGGACUACUCUUGUUGAGUUGGGUAGAACUUUGUCAUUAGAGGAGUGUGCAUUAUGGAUGCCAACACGUACUGGACUGGAGCUUCAACUUUCCUACACUCUACAUCAUCAAAAUCCAGUGGGGUUUACUGUACCCAUUCAACUACCUGUGAUAAAUCAAGUAUUCUCUACUAAUUGUGCCGUAAAAAUAUCCCCAAAUUCCCCUGUGGCAAAAUUACGACCAACAGCAGGAAAACACAUGCCUGGAGAAGUGGUUGCGGUUCGAGUACCACUUUUGCAUCUCUCUAACUUCCAAAUCAAUGAUUGGCCAGAGCUGUCAACAAAGCGGUAUGCUUUGAUGGUUUUGAUGCUUCCCUCAGAUAGUACAAGGCAAUGGCAUGGUCAUGGGCUGGAGCUUGUUGAAGUAGCUACUGAUCAGGUAGCAGUUGCCCUUUCACAUGCUGCAAUAUUAGAAGAAUCAAUGAGAGCUAGAGACCUUCUUCUGGAGCAGAAUAUGACUUCCCCAUCAGCAAGUGAGAUGGAAACAAGGAGGUUAAGGAUGCUUCUUGAUAACCGAAGUAUGAAUCUAGGAAAAGAUGGCCUUCCAAAUCCUAUGGGAGAUGUGGUUUCUAAUGUUGGAUCGCUAUUACAAGCCGGUUGUGGUGUUUUGCCUCGAGGAGACCAUGAUAUGUUGAUCAAGUUAAAAAUGGCUCAGUUACAGCAGCAGCAACAACAGAACAAUAACCAACUUCAGCAACAUGCUCUCUCUGGUCCACAACAGUCCCAGAGUUCUAAUCAUAGUCUUCAUCCCCAAGAUAAAAUCGUUGGGUGGGGAAGCUUAACUGCAGGUGAUAGCAUGUCUAAUUCCUUUCGAGGAAAUGAUCAGACUUCAAAAACCCAGACUGGUCGAAAAAGGAAGCAGCCUGUAUCAUCAUCGGGUCCUGUCAAUAGUUCGGGGACUGCCAACACUGCUGACCCUUCACCAAGUUCAGCCCCAUCAACUCCCUCAAACAAUACUCCUGGUGAUGUGAUUUCAAUGCCUGCCUUACCACAUAGUGGUGGUACUUCUGCGAAACCAGUGAUGAUGUUUGGGAAUGACGGUUCUGGAACUCUCAUAUUUCCGUCUAAUCAGUUGUGGGAUGAAAAAGAUCUAGCGCAGGCUGAGAUGGAUCGGUUUGUGGAAGAUGGAACUCAGACGCAGGGUCGCCGGAAAUCUCCUUCGCCGGAGACAGAAAGGAGGCCGACGGUGGCUUCAUUUUCUUUUCUUCUAUUUCGAUUUCCCCAACUUCUGUUGAAGUUACAAAGAGGUCCCUGGACCUCUUUUAUUUUUAAAAUAACCUGA